AUGGAUCUUAGUACCUGGCACACACCUUUUUUAGUGAUUCUGAUUCUGAGUUUUGUUAUUUCUUUUCAGAUCAAAGAGAGUGCAUCACAGACCAGAGAUGUCCUCAGACAGCAUUUUAAUGAUUUAAAGGGAACCCUUGGGAAGCUCCUGGAUGAGCGACUGGUGACCCUUUUGCAAGAAGUGGAUACCAUUGAGCAAGAGACCAUCAAACCACUAGAUGACUGCCAGAAGCUCAUAGAGCACGGAGUUAACACUGCAGAGGACUUGGUCCAAGAAGGUGAAAUUGCCAUUCUUGGUGGUGUAGGAGAACAGAAUGAAAAACUGUGGAGCUUUACCAAAAAGGCCUCACACAUUCAGUUGGACAGCUUACCAGAAGUGCCUUUACUGGUCGAUGUGCCUUGUUUAUCUGCUCAGUUGGAUGACUCAAUUCUUAACAUAGUGAAAGACCACAUUUUUAAGCAUGGAACCGUAGCAUCUCGCCCACCAGUACAGAUAGAAGAACUAAUAGAGAAGCCUGGAGGCAUCAUUGUGCGAUGGUGUAAGGUGGAUGACGACUUUACAGCCCAAGAUUACAGACUCCAGUUUCGUAAAUGUACUUCGAAUCAUUUUGAGGAUGUAUAUGUAGGCUCUGAAACUGAAUUCAUAGUGUUACACAUAGACCCCAAUGUUGAUUAUCAGUUCCGAGUCUGCGCCCGAGGAGAUGGCCGACAGGAGUGGAGUCCUUGGAGCGUCCCCCAGAUAGGUCAUUCCACGUUGGUGCCGCAUGAAUGGACAGCUGGCUUUGAGGGGUACAGUCUGAGCAGUCGAAGAAAUAUAGCACUCCGGAAUGAUUCGGAAUCCUCAGGUGUUCUCUACUCCAGCGCUCCGACCUACUUCUGUGGGCAGACGUUAACAUUCAGAGUUGAAACUGUGGGCCAACCAGACAGAAGAGACAGUAUUGGAGUGUGUGCGGAAAGGCAGAAUGGAUAUGACUCUCUGCAGCGGGACCAAGCAGUGUGCAUUAGUACAAACGGUGCAGUUUUUGUAAAUGGAAAAGAAAUGACUAAUCAAUUGCCCGCCGUUACUUCUGGGUCCACUGUCACAUUUGACAUUGAAGCUGUGACUCUAGGAUCCACCAAUAAUAACGAAGGCGGAAACUUCAAGCUUCGAGUAACUAUUAGCUCAAAUAACAGAGAAGUGGUUUUUGACUGGGUACUUGAUCAAUCUUGUGGUUCUCUUUACUUUGGAUGCUCAUUUUUCUAUCCUGGAUGGAAAGUGUUGGUGUUCUAAACUUUUGGAUGAUUGGCUUUGGUUUGCAGGGUUUUAAUGUAGCUGUCCUCAGCCCAGUUUAGUUGUAAUUUAUUUAAAAAGACAUGUUAGAUUCAUCUCUCAGUUAAGCCAUUGGAAAUGGAAAUUGUUUACUGGAUUUAUUUUGGAAUAUUUUAGCAAUAAGAAACUUGAAUAUUACGGACAAAAGCGUAAUGCAUUUUUAUUUUUAGCAUAGUGUUAAUUAAAAUGUCACAUCACAAUAAAAUGAAUAAAACAAAUUGGCUUUUAAAAUAUGAGGAGAUACAGAAAGCCCUACACCUUUCCACUGUACUUUUGUUUUU